AUGGAGGUCAACAGUAAAUCCCAUGGAGAGAUCUGGGAUGACGCGGUUCUUGUCAACUCAUGGAACGAUGCGGUUGAAGAAUACAAGGAAAGCUCCCCAUCUCACAUCAACGACACAAUAACGCUAAUAUAUAGCAGCAAUACCACAGCAUUCAAGCAAAAGGCGAGAACGUAGCCGAUGUUUUGAGAACAAAAGAGGAGCAAGACAAAAAAACAGUGUUCGUCAGAAUCGUUAUCUAUUCAUGAAACCUCCGGGUGAUCCAAAUGCUUAUCAUGUUUCUGUAGCAGGGGAAAGGAGAUCAGCAAUAAUAAUGGUGAGGCUGAAUUGCCACUGAACAAACAUCCAAGCCUUGAUCAACAAGAUGAGUUACCGAAGGAGACCGUGGAUCAUCGUACGAUCGAGGCGGGCACAGACUAUCAGGUAAGCACAUUUUUACAGAUCCAAGUUCUCCAUGGCCCUCGAAACGGCGGCAAUCAUGCAGACCAUGGCUCACCUGGAAUUCAAAUUCCGUAGGCAAAUCAUGAGAAUCCGGUCAUCUCAAACAGUACGGUUCCAAAAGGCCCAGCACUGCCACAGCAUCUAAUCGGCCAAGGUGAGACAAAGUUCCGGCAAUUGAGAAUGAUGCUAUUCGAAGAUUUUUACUGACCCGUGUCUUUUGAAGCAGUUCAUGAUGAGAGUCUGAAGAAUUUACUAAUGUCGUGGUACUAUGCUGGUUACUACACUGGUCUCUAUGAAGGACAGCAAGGAGUGAUUAAAACCGCAAAGCGUGAGGAGUAGACACGGAUUUGUCUUAAAUACCGUCAGCCCAUCGGCACUUCACGAUAAAGGUGACUUUCCGCGAAUGUCACUGCGACGAAGGUUUCCAUCUGAUAUCAUCGCAAUCCUGUUCGUACAGUACUGUACAGUGGCUGAUGAUGUCCGAGUUAACACCGACGGAGAUAUUGGCAGGUGUCAGUACGAGGGACGUUUCAAGACUGGAUUGUCACCGCUUUCUUUCAGACGGUUCGUCCAACCUCCACGGCACGGUCGCGGUCGUCGGAUCCUUCAGCACUAAUGCAGCCGUUGAGGAAAACUUGGCGUGGCAACAUUUCAGAAGUAAGGCAGAGGCUCAACAAAUUGCAAGUAAAGGGAGUACUCUUGAUUCAUGUGCAUCAAUUCCAGAACAAAUUUGGAAGUGUAUGACGCAUCCUACUUAUUCAGUUCGUGUUGAUUUCUCAAUUUUGCUUGUCGUAUUGCACAGUUUAGUACGAGGGUAUUCUCCGGGAAAUCCGAAGUGCUAGGUUGAGUAAGGCUCUGUUCAGCCAGAAAAUAUCGCUAAGAAAUAUCGUUGAAACCACGCCUAAUCGAGACGAUAUUUAGCCUCUAAAUCGUGUGGGUUAGGAGUCGAGUAUCUACUCUAUUUGAAGGCGAAAUAUCGUUAAAUAUCGUCUAAAACAAGUAUAGUGUCGGCCUAUUCUUCUACUAAGUUUCUACUAUUCC